AUGGAGACUGAAAAUUCUACACAUACACAUAUUCAAAAUUCCAAACUUCGUAUACAAGCAAAAAUUGCGGAAAUUGAUAAAAAUCGACCUUUUAGCAAUUCAUUGACUGAUAAUUUUGAACGAAGGCACACAUAUCUUCGGAUUUCAAUAACAGAACGAUGCAAUUUAAGAUGUACUUAUUGUAUGCCAACUGAUGGUGUUGACCUCACACCUUCCAAUAAACUUCUAACUACCGAGGAAAUCAUACGAAUCGCAAAGAUAUUUAUAUCCCAAGGUGUUAAUAAGAUUAGACUUACAGGUGGUGAACCUACUAUAAGAAGUGACAUUGUUGAAUUAGUUGGUGAAUUGGGAAGAUUAAAAUCACAUGGCUUACAGACAAUUGCUAUGACUUCUAAUGGAAUAGCAUUGAAACGGAAACUGCCCAAACUUGUUGAUAAUGGACUGAAUCUAUUAAAUCUUAGUUUAGAUACUUUAGAUCCAUUUAAAUUUCAAUUGAUCACACGUAGAAAAGGCCUUGAAAGAGUUUUGGAAACAAUUGAUCAAGCUAUCGAAUUGGGUCUUAAGCCUUUAAAAAUCAAUUUUGUGGUUAUAAGAGGAACAAAUGAAAAUGAAGUAUUAGAUUUUAUAGAAUUGACACGAAAUAAGCCUAUUUAUGUAAGAUUCAUUGAAUAUAUGCCAUUUGAUGAUAACAAGUGGAAUAAGAAAAAAUUUGUGCCAUAUAAAGAGCUAUUGGAUAAUAUUCAAACCAAAUAUCAUAAUAUUCAAAGGUUAUCUGAUGAUUUAAAUGAUACUUCAAAGGCAUAUUGUAUACCUGGAUUUACUGGAAAAUUUGGAUUUAUUACUUCCAUGUCAGAUCAUUUUUGUGGAACAUGCAAUCGAUUAAGAAUUACUGCUGAUGGCAAUUUGAAGGUUUGUUUGUUUGGGAAUGCAGAAGUAAACCUUCGGGAUUUAUUACGACAAAAUGUUUCUGAUCAAGAGCUAUUGGAAAUUAUUGAAGUGACUGUUAAAAAUAAAAAAAAACAGCAUUCUGGCAUACUUGAAUUGGCUAGAACAAAAAACAGACCAAUGAUUCUAAUUGGUGGAUGA